UUUAUUAGCUUUGAAAAAAAUCAAAAUAGCAUGCAAUAAUAUGUCUAGAAGUGAUAAAUUGUUUUAAAUGCAUACAUUAAAAGCCAUUAAUAUUCAUUUCACAGUUUUAACAAUAAUUUAGGAAAUAACAAUAAAAGAAUGUAUUAAUGCACAUAUAGUAUACUGUAGCAGGACCUAACAAGAUGGCGGAUCUAGGAUCUAGUUUGACUAAAAUGGAUUGGCUUCAUCGACUAAAAGUCGGUGGGCCUAUGGGUGGACCUGGAUUUAACGGUUCGCAGGGAGCAACAGAUGCGCUGGGUAGAAUAACAGGUCAGUUUGGGACUAGAGGUUCUCCUGACCCUUCCGGACACUUCGACAAUAAUGGACAGACAACACAGAAUCAAAGAGAUGGGAAACCACCGUACAGCUAUGCCAAUCUUAUCAUGCAUGCCAUAAAUAGCACAAGUAAAAAAAGAAUGACUCUAAGUGAAAUUUAUGCUUGGAUAUGUGACAAUUUUCCUUAUUAUAAAGAUGUGGGAAAUGGUUGGAAGAAUUCUAUUCGACACAAUUUGUCCUUGAACAAAUGUUUUCAAAAAGUUCCCAGGUCAAAGGAUGAUCCUGGAAAGGGCUCAUACUGGGCUAUUCAGACACCUCCAGUUGAUGACCCACUUCCACCAACACGGCACAGAAAAAAACGUCCCAAUGAUCGGCAUUCUCCAUACAGCCCAGAGAGUGGAUUAAGUCCUGGACAGCAUACUGUGCUAGCAAGUGUUAUUAUGCAGCCAAUUCAUAUCAAGUCAGAAUCUAAUCAGUCAUCUCCUUUCAACCCUAGUUGUAUGGGAAUGAGCCCAUUGUCCAGUCAUCAGCAGUCUCCUCAUUCUGUUCCAUCACCCAACAACAACAGCAACCACAACAACCCUUUGUUCUCUGGCAACAAACUGUCCCAUGAUUUAGAAGCAUCUCCAGCAUGCACACCAGAUGCAUCAUCAAGGCUGUCAGCUAUGACAGGAACAUCUGAAGCACACAUUAGCCAUGAAGAACUUGGAAAUUCAUUUUGCUCAUUCUAUAAAACUAUUUUUGAAAACUCCACAGGUGUUCCUAAUUUGAAUUUGUCAGCAUCAGAUUGGCUCCAAAAUCUGGACACAUUAAAAGAAAGUAUGAGAUCUAGUGGGAACGAUUGGCAGAACAUUGACAUGUCCCAAUUUCAAGGUAUAAUUGAUAAUAACAAAACCACUGAGCGUCAAGGUCUUUUAGAAACAGUGAAACAGUCUGAAACAACCAGUUGGUCUAUAAACCCUGACAGUUUUGGUGACUUGGCCUCAUCUUUAAACAACUACUUCAACCAGGCAGCGUUGAACCAGAGCCGGGGGGGUGAGACUGGUGGCUUUAUAUCACCUGUCAAUGGUACCACUCCAUCUCCUGGACCACCUGUUACUGUUGAGAGGAUCCAUCACAGAUUGCCAGAUAAUCCAAACUUUCUUCAGUCUGAUGAGCUUGAUGAUGACUUUGAGUGGGACAAGCUUCUCUGAUCUGUGAUGAAACACUGUGUGAAAGGAUCCAGCUUGGUGAUACUUAGUAAUGCAGCAAGUUUCUUGAUUCUGUGAAUGAACUAUGUGUGAUAGGAACCAGCUGGGGCAUGAAUAUCAAUGCAGUGUGCUACUCUUUUUGUGAAUGAAAUGUGAUAUGAUCCUGGGUAUCAGCUAUUACUAUUCAAAUCAUAUUAUAAAAUAAAGAAAAAUGUAAUGUUCAUUGUGAAAUGUCAGUAACUUUGUUAAGAAAUUAUCUUGUAAGCCUUUUUUUAUGGAGCUUUUAAAACUAUUUUUACAACAUUAGUUGAGCAUAUAAAACCAAAAUAAACCAACUUGUAAAUUUAAAAUAAUAGUUUUCUUUCAAUGUAUAUAUGAUAACUAGUAUUUAGAUUUGAAUAAUUUCAGAAUUUUUUUCUUUGAUGCAAAUUGUUAAUUUAUCUAGACACAUUAUAGGCAAGUAGAGUAUUUUGUAUUGUAAUCAUGCUUGUUUUGUUAUUUUAGUUUUCAGUUUAAAGAGUUUUGCAUUUAUUCAUAACAAUAAUGGAUUAUGAAAAGAAAAGUGACUAAGUCCCAUGAAAAAUUAUUAGGAAUGAUUGUUUACAAAAUUAUUUUUCAGAAUGUUAAUUAUUUGAAGAUUAAAGAAUAGUUUUUAGCUUUUUUUUUUGAACUAGUAAAGUUAUUGUAUGGCCAGUGUUCAAUGUGCAAGGAUUUGAAUGUAUACCUUUGUGUUAUGCAUUUGUGAGCUCUAUGGCAUGGCCAUCACAUUAUAUUUAUUACUUAAAAAAACAACAACUUUCACCUUUGAGACUCCUUGGUGUACAUGGCAAGUAAAGCAAGUUUCACUAGUUCAGUUUACCAAUGGUUUUUUGGAUUGUUAUGUGACAAGCACAAUAAUUAGGUCCCUUUACAAGAACUCUAGACAGAGGUUAUAACACUACUUGGUUAAACUAGGAUUUGAAUUUGUGCAUUCUACUGGCUGUGCCUGGCUCCUUACUUUACUUGUUUUUAGAUAGAAUCAGUCACAAUCUAACAUUUAGUUUGAGCACAUCUUUUCGUCACACCAAUCUUCUCAUGAAAGUUUGCACUGUUUAUAAAACACAUCAUGCCCUGUCAUAAAUGAAAAUGUAUGUACAUAUUUAUAUUUAUUUACAUAUAUCACAUAUCCCCUGUAAGCUCAUGCAGGUAUAACAGUAUAUAUAUAUAUAUAAAUUGCUUCAGUGGUUAGCAGACGAAAUACUUCUUUGAUUUGUAUUGAGCAUGUGUUUGUAAAUAUUUUGACGAGCACUUCUGUGGUUAAUUUUUGGGUUAUGGGGAAGUUUGUUGAACCUAUUAUUGUAUGCAUAAUUAUGUUUUCUUACAUUUUUAUAUUUUGUAAUCUUUACCUGAUGUGCAAUGUUCACACUUAUGAAAUACAAAUCUUUCUCAUGCAUAAAGAAGCAAAUGUAAUGGAUGAAAGUGUUGAUUAAACUAUAACAAUACUGUAUUGAAACAAUGUUUUAUUUUCCCAAUAUAGAAGUUGUACAUUUUACUAUUAGUGCUGACAUAGUCUGUACAUAGAUUGUUGAAGUGUCCAUGAAAAAAAAUUAUUAUAAAGGAGAUGUUUUCUUUGUCCAGAUUGUCUGAUAAUAUUAAAGGCAUGAUUUUAAGCCCUUCUAGUUGUUGUUUACUGUGAGAACCCUUCUAGUGAUAAGAUUGACCAAAUAGUGAUUCAUCAUUCCGUCUCAUUUGUCCCUUCUGGUGCCUUGUAAUGUUCUUUACAUAUUCAUUGACUAAAUCUAGCUGUUAUUGUCUAAACACACAUCCAUUUUUAUAAAAUAUCAAUUUUUAUGUGAAUAUUUUAAAUGAGUAUUUUAGAGGUCAAAAUUGACAUGCUUCUUUCUUUUGCUUUUGUCUGAGUUUUAUUUAACUAGGUUUAUUUAUAUACUGAAAAACAGUAAAACCUAGGUAAUUUUUGUUUUCAGUUUGAAUUUGACUUAUGAAAUGCUUUGAUGUUGCAUUAAAUCUUAUAGACUUUAAACACUAAACUAGAUCUAUAAAAUAAAAAAGCUUUUUUUCUAAACAUUACAAUUAAUAAACUAUGCUCAUGUUUUCAGGUAAUGAUAAUCUUUUAUUUAUGUUUUUUUUAAGAAUAUUUAGUAACAAUUUUUUGUUGCAAUUUUCUUUUCAUUUCUAGUAGAAUUCUUUCAUUUUAUUGCUUUGAAUGUUGUUGUUUUUUAAUGUGGCAUGUUUGUACACUUUUCUUUGACUAGAGAAGAUAAAGAGUUCAAUAUGCCAUUGAAAGAAAGUGCUCACAGAGCUUAAGAUUAUGGCAGCUUGUUAUAUUAGCACUGUAAGGGCCAUCAACUAGUUCAAAAUUAGUUAUAGCUUACUUUAGUUGGGGAUGCUAUACCAAUGCAGCUUAGGAGACUGGCAUUUAGUAUUACUUUAAUUUUUGAAUAGAUGGAAUUUUCAAGCUAGUCUGUAUAUGAAGAGUUUCUUAGUCAUAAAUGCAGUAAAUUUUUUGGGAAAUGUUCAGAGGCAUACCAAAUAUUUUAUUAAUAAAAUGUUUUUUUUUUGACAAAAAAAAAAAAAGGGUUACAAAAUCUAUUGCACAUAAUUACAAACAAAGCUUCAAUGUAUCUUACAAAAACUCCAAUGAAAUAGGGUUAUUAUCUAGGUGUUUUUUAAUGCCAGAUAACAUAUUUUUUAUAUAUGCUCUUUAUAAGAUAUAGAAAUUCUAGACAGCAUACAAGUAAUUGUCAUGGUUGCUCUGCAUAUGCUUAGGAUUGUUGAAAGAAUAAUGAAGGGUUCAAAUUCUGGAGUCUGUAAUGCUGUAUUACCUUGACGAAGGUUUGGACUGUGGUACUUUUUUUACAAGAACUAGUAGAUGUAUUAAUAAUAAGUCUGUGCUUUAAACUAUAUUCCUGGCUUGUAUUUUCAUUAGAAGUUUCCAAUCCCAGCCUUGUCAGUCAAAGCUUAUAUUUGUAGUUCAUUAAGUAACAUUUUUACGUUUCACUCACCUUUUUAAAUAAAGACAAUUUUUUUUUUGUUUUCUUUUUUGUUUUUCUAUUUAUGUAUCCAUUUCUUCCUUUCUUGGCCUUUAUUUAUACAUAACUAUUGCAAGUGUGUACAUUAUUUCUACAUUUCCGUCCGAGCUAUUUCAGUUCAGCUUUUUAUAUGCACUCUGUGUCUUUUUAAAUUUUAUUUACUGAGUCAUAUAUUUAUUGAAACUGUCUGCAGUGAUUGGAUGAAAAUUGUUUACUGCCAUUGGCGGCACUAACGCGCACAAAUUCAGACAGUGAGUGGAUUCAGCAUUUUUUUCAAACAAUUUUGUAAAAUCCUCUUUUUUUUUCUCUGCUUUUUUAUUUUUGUAAGUGCCAAUCUUUGACUUGUCACUUGUAUCAGAAUGUUCAGAUAUGUUUUCUUUAGCAUGCACCAUUCCAAUGUAUUGCUGAUACUAUAUUUUCUGUACUUAAUCUUGUGAUUCAUCCAUUCUUUUUCCUCUUGACUGAAGUCAUUAUUUUUGUUUCUCCAUUCCAGAAUUAGGCAAAUAAAAACAAACAAAACCUACACAAAAAAAAAGAUUUAUUAAAGUUUAUCUUUCUAUAAAUAAAUAAUUUUAUAUCAUAUAUUUUAUAUAUUCAUUGUGUGAUAUGAUUAUGUGAUUUGAUGUAGAAAGAAAUUGUGAUUGUUAAAUUAUCAAUUCAUUCCUGUGUUUCACUAGAAAAGACAAGAUAUCCUUUGCAAGGGAGAUAACCUUUUGCUCUCUGUUAUUACUAGAAGGGGAAACAACUAUUUUACUUUUUUUUGACCAGUUACCUGUUCUUUUGGGCAGAAUAAAAAUCAAUACUAUGUGAUGUUUCUUUGUUGUUGAAGUGUUUGAUACUUUGAUGUUUGCAUCAAAUCUUAUGGAAACAUUGGAUAUGAAGGAAAUCAAGGAGUUUUCCUUCAAUGUUUUACCACAGUGUUGUCUUUUUUUAAGCAUUGUAACACACAAGUUAGAUGAUACUAUCAUUGCUGUUCAACAAUGCAGUGUUUGUUGGUUUUGUUUUCAUUGUAAAAUUGUCUGAAAUGAAACUAGUUUUUUUUUUCUUUUAGAUUCUUCAAUGUCAUUUUAAAAUCUUAAAUUUAAAUUUGAAAUGCUUUUUUCAAUACUGUAGUAUCUUUUUUUAAUUCGUCAGUCUAAUAAAAAAAAUGUUGACUGUAAAAGGAAGUCCUAUUUAACAAAAAUAACAUUCCAUUUCAGGUCUGUGGAUAGAGUUUUGCUAUAUCAGUAGAUGAAAAUCACAUCUGCAAUGCUGAAAGUACUGGGUUUGCUAAUGAAAUUUACUCAUAGCUAUAGAUAGUUGAUUGGUUACAGAGCCUGUUAAACUGUCUUCAGAAAUGGAGCUUAAUGGAUGCUGGGUGAUGUUAUCAGUUCUGAAAGCUCAUGUCAAAUGUAGAUUUUAAUUUAGAUUCAUUAACUUGGCAUGGACGUACUCCAUUUUGCAGAAACCCCAUUUUCCAGAUCUCCAAAAAUAUUAGUUAAUUUAACUUUAAAAAUAGUUUAAUCUAUGCUUAGUCAAAUCAGUAGUUUGAUAUAAAUAAUUAAAUUAAAUUUAAAAUAACUUGUUUUUUAUAUCUUCUAUCAGCUGAUUGCUAAAUUAAAUAUAUACGCUGUUAAUGGUUGAACCUUUUGUUUUGGGAUGAAAUUAUCUUCUUCAAUGUCUUCAUGUAGACCAAUGUAUACAUCUCAAUAUUGUUCUGAGAUGACAUUCUAUUGUUCACUCUUAGACCAAUGUAUUCAUUUCCUAUGUUUCACAAUGUUUUCGACAACGUUUAUUUUUUUUAUUCAUCAUUACCAUUUUAUUUUCAGAAAAUGUGUUCACAUGCCAUUGUGGAAGUCUAGAAAUAAAUAUAUAUUUAUUUCUU